AGCUUCGAAUUGGAAAACGUGUUACAGAACCAUCCAGAACGAAGAAUUGACUUCGUGUCAUAUAAAAGUCUAGUUGACAUAACAAAAAGCAUCAAACGAGUGCUUUAGUAACUGUGCAGUAUUAACAAGCCCUUCCUUAUCUCUUACACAAUGUCUCCUAGUCUUGCCUAUGCAUAUUUUAUACUGUGCAUUAUCAGCUCUCUAUCCUAUGUCACCAGUGCAGCAUCAAGUAAUUGCCAAGGUUGUGUGCAACUCGAUUCCUACUCUUUUGAAAAGGUUGUUUCUAAAUUCAAAGCUGCCAUUAUCAAGAUUGAUGUUGCAUAUCCCUAUGGAGAAAAACAUGAGCAAUUCGGGAAAUUGUCAGCUGCCUUGUCUGCCAAUCCAGAUAUUCUAGUUGCUGAAGUUGGAGUAAAAGAUUAUGGAGACAAAGAAAAUGUAGAUGUAGCUGAACGAUACAAGAUAGUCAAAGAAGAUUAUCCUGUCAUGCUGUUGUUCCAACAAGGAAAAACUGAACCAAUAAGAUACCAGGGAGAAUUCAAACUCGAUGUGAUGCAACGAUUCGUUAGUUCCACGAGUGGCUUGUGGAUCGGCUUACCGGGAUGUUUGGAAGUAUUUGACGGACUGGCGAACCGGUUUGUAGCCGCUUCAAACCCUUCCGACCGGAAAGAAAUUCUACGCCAAGCUGAGGAUGAAUGGGACAAGGUUUCAUUAACCAGUGAAAGGAAAUCAGCUGAAGUCUACGUCAAGGUUAUGCGCAAAAUGCUAGAGAAAGGCAACGAUUUUCUUGGAUCUGAGCUGUCUCGAGUGGACACUCUACGGAAAGGCAAAUUGUCCAAGGAAAAGAAAGACGAAAUGGAUAGACGCCUCAACAUUCUACAGUCAUUCCAGAUGGCAAAUCCAACAACUAACGUCGAACUGUAAUGUCCGACAAAAAACGCCUCAUCCGUCAUUCGAUACGUGCCAACUACGGCCAAUGUCGUUCAGUGCGAGCUCUUACCCAGCAAUUGCAUUCAAAGCAAUGCGUCUCGUUUUUUUUCCUUUUGAAAAAAUUUUAUUAUUUUUUUUUUGUUCUAAAUUUUAUUGCCCAAUACAGCUACUUGGUUCGUCUUGUA